CAGAGCAGAGUUUUGAAACCUAGCAGGUGUUAAUUAAGUUUUCACAUUGCUUGUUUAUCAGAGAAAGUUGAUCUUCCUAAAGAUAUUCCUUGUAAAGUUCUCUUUUCGUAGCAACCAUUUUUAAAGCAAGUUUAACUUAUGUAUUAACUGGUUACUUCUUUUACUCACAGGGAAUUGCGUCACCCAAACAUUGUCAAGUUAUUUGGAACCAAUCUUCAACAAUCAUCUUGUGGAACCAAAGUAUAGUCAUGGUCAUCUUAGAGCUCUGUGAGUGCUCCCUCAAAACUCUCAUCAUGUCUCAUUCUGAGAAUGCCCCUGGCCGCUCGGAAGACGCAGCUGUGGGGACAAUGUACUGUGCUGGGCUAUGCAAAAUCUUGAUGCGUUGUGCUACGUUCGUGAUCAUAGAUUUGUUCACCGGGACCUAAAACUGGACAAUUUAUUGUUGACAGACGAGAAUCAAGUGAAACUAACCGAUGUUGGUGUAGCCAAGCGUGAAAGAGAUAUAUCGGGUACAUUCUGUAGUACCCAACUUUUCCUUGCACCCGAAGUCUUGGAUGGCCAAUUCUACGACAGCAAAGCUGACAUGUAUAGUUUUGGCAUCAUCCUUUGGCAAAGGUGGUAUGCCAUGACAGCAUUUCAUGCCGAACUGGUAAGCCGAUCUCAGUUUCAGUUUCUGAAUGAUGUGAGAGGGGGACUUCGCCCAAGCCACAUUGGUGGUACACACCAACCUUGGGGAAUGUGGAAGCUUGUAAUGGAGACGUGUUGGGACAACGAGCUACAACAUCGGCUCACUGCUCGACAGAGCCGGGACGCGCUUGAUAAGCUUCAAAAGGAAAGGGACAUGGGCACCAGUACGUCGCCACUUCAUUCUCAACCAGAGGCGACCCUUCACAAGUCCCCCGGACAUGAGUUACCUGCUGCUGAAUCAAGCGAUUCUCCUUUAAAGCCACAACCAGUCCCAAAACCACGAGUAGCCUCUAAGCCACAGCCAGCUGCAAAGCCACGACUUACACAAAGACGAAAUACGCCACAGCAAGCAUCGGUGUCGUUUUCUGCCCAGACCGAAGACGCAUAUGUACAUUUUGAUCAACGUGACAAAACAAAACAUUAGAUUUGCUAUCUCUAGAAACGCUCAGCGAAAAAGUCAAAUGUAUUUUCCGGACGUUUUACAAAAAGGAGGCAAAGCCAUUUAAGUCUAGACGUACUGUAAUUAACGUGCAAAUCGCGCAGGUUUCCUAUUGCAGGUAUCCAGGCACAAUAAGUUGUAAUUAGAUGCCUGUACAUGUAGUUAGACACUAAAUUACGCCAGUUACUUGACAAAUAAGCUCGCGGAGAACCAAUUAUUACAGAGAAGUUUGCUAUAUAUAUCACAACGAGGGAACUGUUUUACAACUGAAUGGAACAGGAAUGGUCUUUAGUAGGUCUUCAGGUACUUUUAUUUCUAAUGGAUCUUUAAAAGCCCCUAGUCGUCGCGCGGCUUUACGAACACGUUAUCAAAGGGGGUGGAAAUUGGGGCGAGGCACCCUUAAAGCCAUUUUUAAAGUUACCAGUCUCGGACGCUAAGGUUGUUUAUUGUUCAUUAAGAAAAAGAAAUAGGUGAAUAGAAUGAGUUGUUUGCACAGUGAACCCACUCCAAAAGGUCCUCAGAGAAUUUUCAUUAACGAUUAACAUCAUUGGAAACCGGGCUCAAUUAAUGGCAAUCUGUGUUAACGAGUAAUGUAUUUUCUCCGAAAUUCCCCAAAAAGUAAACAAGAUUCAAUUUUUUUCAGAUCAGGAGAAAAUGCUCAUAUGUGGCCUCAGUGUUGUUUGUUAUAAUUCACGAGAUUUCUUUAAUAAGAGGGCCUGCAACAGUUUCAAGAAUAUUUUAGCACUUCUACUUUGAUAGAUUAAUACUGCCACUCUUUUUCACUGGAAACUACAGUAAUGCGGGUAUCAGGCAGCAACAGCAACAAUAGCUUACUUGUAUCCCAUAAAAAAUAGACAAACAAAUACCCAAUCAUUGGUGAGAAAGCUAUAGUCUUUCACAAGUUACCAUAACGAAGGUAUAAGCUAAUAAUCAUAAUAAUAACUGUAAAUAAAUAAGUAUGUAUUACGGGGUAAAACCUAAGGAAAUGCUAAGAAUAAAAAGACAGGUAAAAGGAACAAAUGCAAGUCUUAAGACACUUAAAAGAAGGCAGAUCCGCAGAGUCUCAGAUGAUCUGGGAAGCCGUUCUAAAGUGUUACUGCAUAAAGAGAAAAUGAUCCUUCGCCAUGGUUAUAAUAUUGGACAAAGGAAUCUUCAGAAGACCCCUAGAGGUAGAGCACAUUUGUCCAGCAAAUCAGUUAUUUACACUGAUGCAGGCCCAUAAAGCACCCUAAAUGUCCAUAACAGAGUCUUGAAAACAAUCCGAACAAUGCAUAAAACGACUGGAAUACUCUGGGCAGCCUGGGGUACCCCCCUCCCUAGAACACCCUUGGAUAGUCCUAGACGCAUUGCCCCAGCAUAACGUUUGGCAUAAUUAAAGCAAAAGUACACAACGUUCCAAAAAAAAGCGCCAAUUUGGCCUUUUACCCAGAGUGAAUUGAGUACUUCAUGACAUACAAAAAGGCUGGAAGUUGAAACUGUAUGUUAAAAUUAAUGAUGACAAAGAAUAGACUGCAAGGCUGAUACUACGUGAAAAACGUUUCGAGACACCAACAUGAC